AUGCUGGCUGGCAAAGGUAUUCACGCGAUCGCCGUGAUGUGGGUGAUGGUUUUCAUCUCCUUCAUCCUUGUGCCUCUGCGAAUGUACACGCGAGUCUACGUGAUCAAGGCUGUCGGACUUGACGACCAUGUUUUCAAUCUUGCUUGGGUAUUCCUACUCCUAUAUACCAUCUUCAUGACCAUUUCUGGAGUCCACGGAUUCGGGCAGCCCAUCACAAGCCUGGAUCCAGACUCGGCUGUUAACGCCGUCUACAUGGAGAUGGUGGGGCAGACCUUUGCCAUUCUCGGAAUGGCCAUAGCGAAGCUCUCGCUGGGUAUCUUCUUACUCCGCAUUGUGGUGAAGCAGUGGCAUCGCAUCUCGAUUUGGAUAUCGAUGGUAAGCCUGUCGAUUGUCUCGGUCAUGACUGCAAUCAUUUUCUGGAUUCAACGUCUUCCGUCGGAGUCCAUUUACGAUCCUCGUGUUCCUGGUCGGACUAUUGUCUCUGUCACGCCGGUUGCUGUUUUGCUUGGAUCAUGGUGUGCUGCCGUUGAUUUUUACUUUGCGGCGUUGCCCUGGGUCUUCAUCUGGAAGCUCAAUAUGAAGUUCAAGGAGAAGAUGUCGAUCGCAAUCAGCUUGAGUCUCGGCUUCAUAGCAUGUGCCUGUGGAAUCGUGCGAACUAUCGAUCUUGGAGGGCUCUCAAGCAGUAACUACACUGAGGACACAGUAGACCUAAUCAUCUGGUCUGGCGUCGAGCUCGCCAUAACCCUUAUCUGCGUCGGCAUCCCCACCGUCCGCCCCCUCUACCGCACCAUUUUUCACGGAUCCAAGCCCGGCAACUCCUCGAAUAGCAGAUACAUCAAACAAGAAGAAUUCAACCACUCGUCGAGAUUCCGAAUGCGCAACUUGGCCAAAGACAAUACGUUGUUUAGCGUAACGCAGGAAGGUCACACCGAGUCGUAUAUUUCUCGAAAUAAUCGGAGCGACGAGGAGAUUCUUGUUGGUCAGAAUGUGAACAAUAACGAUGGAAUCGUGAUUCGGGAGGAGGUGUGCAUCGAAAGGAAUUGA